AUUUUUCUUUUUAGGUGAACAUAAUCUGCACCAAUUAUAUCAGUUAUUACUAUUGUCAUCUCUUUUUUGACUACACUGGGCGACUAAAAAGUGAAAGGAUCAACUCCAUUCAGAGCGGCAGCAGGAUGUUAAAAUACAGUAUAAUACAAACCGCAUACAAUAAAUCCCAGCACCAAUACUUUCACAACCAAUCAAAGCUACGACGUCGAUUGGUCAGCUAAUCAGAAGUUUAGCGAACACUAGGAACCUUCUCCUUACAACCGAGAACCGAAGAAUCAAUUUGGCUAACACUCGCUCUUGAAAAUGAUAUUGAAGAUGAAUGUUGUUUAGGUGUGUACACGUUAAUAGCGCAGUAUAUGUAUUCCUUUACGAGCGCCAACUUGACCAGUCGUAAGGUAAUGGCAGCUGUAAAGGUGCUAAGCGUACUGAUUAUUGUAUCUGUUUUUUACUUCGGGUUAACUCGAAGCGAAGCAAAUGGACCCAAAGUGACGGAUAAAGUGUUUUUCGAUAUUGAGAUUGAUGGGAAUCCGGCAGGUAGAAUAGUCAUUGGAUUGUUUGGCGGGACAGUGCCAAAAACAGUUGAAAAUUUCAAGAAAAUUGCUAUUGGUACUAAUCUAAACGAUGGUCGAUCUGCUUCAUACAAGGGAAGUGGUUUUCAUCGUGUUAUUCGGUCUUUCAUGAUACAAGGUGGUGACUUUACCAACCAUGAUGGAACUGGAGGAUUCAGCAUAUAUGGUGACAAAUUUCCAGACGAAAACUUCAAGUUAAAGCACAUGGGCGCUGGUUGGGUGUCAAUGGCUAAUGCUGGUCCUGACACAAAUGGGAGUCAGUUCUUCAUCACCACGGUGAAAACCACAUGGUUAGAUGGAAAACAUGUUGUUUUCGGCAAAGUUGUUGAGGGGAUGAGUGUUGUUAAACAAAUUGAAGCAACUCAAACGGACUCUCGUGAUAAGCCUGUAAAAAGCAUCAAGAUCGCAGACUGUGGCCAUAUUCCCGUUGACGUACCAUUUGCGGUAGAUAACGGUGAUGCAACCGAGUGA